AUGACCGACUCAAAUACAAAAAGACAAUCGACGCUCCGGCAGCAAGAAGCACGGCCUUUCUCGAACGGUAACACGAGUAGCGACAUUGAAAACCAGCUUGCUGCCGCUCAAAAAAAUGACGGGCCACCCUACUCAGUUUUCACUCCAUGGCAAAAACGAGCCAUUGUCCUUGGGGCCGCAGUCACUGCGUUCUUCUCGCCUCUUACUGCACAGAUAUACUUGCCGGCCUUGACGCAACUGUCGAGGGACCUGGGUGUGACAAACACGCAGAUCAAUCUAACCAUUACAACGUAUAUGAUAUUUCAAGGCAUAACGCCCAUGUUCAUUGGAUCGCUGGCUGAUAGUGGAGGUCGACGACCAGCCUACGUUGUAUGCUUCAUUAUUUAUGUUGCCGCAAACAUUGGCCUGGCUCUUGCCCCUGGGUAUAGUGCAUUGCUGGGGUUGAGAUGCCUUCAGUCAGCUGGGUCAAGUAGCACGGUGGCACUCUGUACUGCAGUGGUCGCUGAUGUAGUUACAAGUGCCGAGAGAGGACAGUAUGUCGGAUUCACGGUGAUUCCGACCGUGUUGGCCCCCUCACUAGGACCAAUUAUUGGUGGCCUCCUUUCUCAGUAUCUCGGCUGGAGAGCAAUAUUCUGGUUUCUGGCGAUUUUCUCUGGCAUAACCCUGGUUCUCAUUAUUUUCUUUUUUCCAGAGACUUGCCGCCGGAUCGUGGGCGAUGGUUCUCUAACUCCACCUCCAAUGUACCGGUCCGUAUGGCAGUCCCUACACCUUCGGCGCGAAAAGAAGGCGAGACGACGAAACGCACUGUCAAAGUCGACAUCAAAUUCAAGCAGCGCCAGCAAGUCGGGGAAUAGAUUCAAGUUCAAACCACCAAAUGUUCUGGGCUCGCUGUUUCUUCUCUUCGAGAGGGAGACCGGGUUGCUGCUUUGGACCAGCAGUAUUGUAUUCGCUGGUUUCUAUUGCAUAGCAACGGCAAUGCCUAGUCUCUUUUCGAAGCGUUAUGGAUACAACGAGGUACAGGUUGGUCUGAUGUAUCUUCCGUUGGCGCUUGGUUCCAUUGGUGCUGCCAGUAUUGUCGGUCCGUCCAUCAACUGGAACUUCAAACGACAUUGCAUCCGAUCCGGAAUCCCCUACGAUCAAAGUCGACAAAACGACCUGUCCAACUUCCCGAUUGAGCAAGCACGUCUGGAAAUUGGCCUCCCACUGUUGUGCCUUGGUGCGGUGAGCAUAAUAGGCUGGGGAUGGGCGAUGCAUGCCGCCACUCAUGUUGCUGUACCGUGUGUGAUCAGCUUCUUUCUGGGAAUUGGGAUGAUUGGCUAUAACAAUACGACAAACAUACUUCUUGUCGAUGUCCACCCAGGUCGGGCCGGAACUGCCACUGCUGCCAACAACCUCACUCGAUGCUUAGUUGGAGCGGGAGCAAGCGCUGCGAUUAUCCCCAUGAUUGACGCCAUUGGGGCUGGCCCAGCUUUUACUCUUAUCGGGGGGCUCUAUUUCGUUGGUAUCAUUCUGCUCUUGCUCAUUCUUCAAUUUGGCAUGAAAUGGAGAGCGGAGGCCAAGGAGAAGACUCAGACGAGCAAGCUGAAGACAAAAGAAAGGCAUCAACAAGGGCUCCUGGUAGUUGAUGAACCGCGACCAGCGGAGGAUACCAGAAACCGAGAUUUGAGAAACGCAUAG